GCCAAUUUGACGCGAAAGCAUGACCAAGUGUCGCUUCAACGCGUGCGAAGAGGCUGCGAUGGCCAACUCGACCAAGUGUUACUUCCACCGCAGCCGCGGCCAUUGCUCCGUGCAGGGCUGCAAGAACCAAGUGUUUGCACGCCACUUGUGCGUGCGCCACGGCGGCCGACCGCUCUGCAGCUUUGAAGGCUGCUACGGCAACGCCCGUCUCCGCGGCUUUUGCUCCAAGCACGGCGCCAAGGUCCCGAAGAAGCUUUGCUCGGAGCCUGGCUGUACCAAGAUGGUGCAGUCCAAGCAAAAAUGCGUGCGCCAUGGCGGCGGCCGCCAAUGCCGCAUGGACGGCUGCACGACGUACGCCCGCCUCGGUGGCUACUGCUCGCGCCACCACCGAGUGCGCACCGACGACGCGUCGUCGCCGACUGCUGCAUCGCCCCACGAGCCCAUGAUGCCCCCCACCAACUUCUAUAGCCAAGGCGCCGCGCCCCCGUACUAUUACCCGUCCGACCAUCGCCACAGCAACAGCAGCCCCAGCAACACCAAGCCCGAGGCAGACGUGGCUGACCACCGGUGGUGGCCCAGUGCCGACUACACCGCACCGACCGCGUACCACUUUGCCGAGGCGGCGUACACGCCCGUGUUCCGCUACGACCCGCCACGGGACCCGAAUGCGUGGACGUUUUCCGUUUAAUCCAUUUUAUCUAAGACUACCAUUAACAGCUACAUGAAGAUCAUGUUGUCACUUC